AUGCCUAUGAGUGGCAACAGCUGGGCCCCAGUGGCCAACUUCUGGGGACACCGGGACGAGCGAGGGCUCAUAGGACCCCAGACCCCCACCAGAGUCUACUCCCAAACAGUCCCUCAGGCCUCGGCCCAACUCCUCACACUCUCCUCCCUCCCCUUGGCCCUGGAAAGCCCCGAACGGAGGCGACCGAGGGUCCGAGCCGCGCCAGGCCGCGAGCGGGAGGCCGGGCCCGCGUCGGCCGCGCCUCUGGGCCACGCUCCCCUCACGACUCUCCACACCCGCGGCGGAAGGGCCGUGAGGGGCCGCGGCCGCCGCCGCCGCCAGCGUCCGGGGCGGGAGCACUCACUCACCGGUGCGGAGGGGAGGGGCAGCCGGCGUCUCCGCCAGCGCCGUGGCUCAAGCUCAAGCGCCGGCUCCUGCCGCUGCGGCCGCCUCGCUCGGUCCAUCCCCCCCAACCACCCCCCUCCCGGCCCUCCCCCCGCGCCGCCUCAGCCGCCGCAGCCGCCGCUGCAGCCGCCACAGCCUCCUCAGCCCCGGCGCGGGAGCGCGAACCGGCGCGAGGGGGCGAGAGCGCGCGCGCCCGCCGCCACCGCCCACAACCUCCGCCCCCAGCUGGCCGCGCAAGCGCGAGGCGGCGACGGGCGCGCGCACGCUGCAAGGGGCGGGGACGGCCCCCGGAAGGCGCGGCCCCGCCCUCCCACCCACGCGGUUGCUGGGCGGGAGAGCAGAACCUUGGCAGGUGAUCCUGUGCUGGUCCGGAUGGGUUCCUCCGGGUGUAAGGUCUAG